AUGUCUUUUGCGCGGAAAGGGAUGGAAAACCUAGAUGGUGUUCUGAGUGUUGCAUAUGGAAAUUGGAUCGUCAGCAUCACUGUAGUGUUGUGGGAAGAUGUAUAUACAAAAUGGAUCAUUAUUGCCCGUGGAGGUCCUAUUGGCGAGAAUAAUUUCAAGUUCUUCAUCCAAUUUGUUGGAUAUGCUGCCUUGUUUUGUAUAAAUACCCUUGUAGUGAUGGCAAUAUACAUUAAUCAGCAGCGUGGCACUCAGGGCAUUUCUGUCAACCAUCAGUUCAUUGCCGUUCUCGCAUUAGCUGCCUUCUUUGGCUUAUUCACUGGGACGAUGUUCAGUACAUCCGCGAGACUGGCUGUUGACAAUUCGACACAAGUCGAAGACAUCAGUAGAUUCGGAAAGAUCCAUAGACUAGCAAUACUAAAGCCCUCGCCUCAAAGAUUGGCUGAAAUCAGUAUGACGGCCACCACAACACAAACGUAUCCCGAGAUCACGUAUCCCUUGGAUACUCCACCCCCCUUGGACGGCAGUCAGAUAAAUCGGCCCACUUUCCCACCAUCGCAAAAUGUCGAAACAUCGACAAUUGGCGAGCUCCAACCACAUAUAGAAAACUCUGAACGACUGAGUAGAGACCAAAAGGCUGUGCGCACUUUUGCAAUACUUGAAAUGUCUCCCGGGGAUAAUCCUUGGGAUCUUGGAUCUGCUCUAUUAAAUUGGAAGUCAGUCAUGGGAGAACAUUUUAUGGACUGGUUUCUCCCCAUAAAGAGAAGUCCUUGCUGUAACCACGAAAAUACAGAAAGUCAAUUCUCGAUUGGUCCAUCUGUGGAUCGCCUUCGAGCGUCAGUCUGUUUCAUUCCACCUAAUGAGUAUGAUCUUUUUUUCGCCUUCGCCGCGCAAGAUCCAGCUGUAUGCCAAUAUGCCUUCGAUUCCAUGAUUCCCGACGGACUUCCAACCAAUGCUUUGCUUCGGGCACCCGUACUUACGGCGACCAAGAUGUCAGAGCUUCCGAAGCUUGCGACGGCAGGACACCAUGCACAGUUUCAAGGGCUCUCAGUGAGAGAGUUUGUGGGUACUAAAAAUGGCACAAACUUCGUCAACAUUGAGGCUGAAUCCAAUUCGAAACAUGGUACAUGGUUCAACCGCCAGACCUUCCAGCAACUUCUCGUUAGGCUUGACGAUGUUGAGAAAUUAUCGAGUUUGAUUACCAGACAGGCAGGAACUUGUUAG